AUGGCCCCUACUCAACUAUCUCUAUUUCCUGCUCCAUCCAAUGGCGUGCCGCGCAAGCCUAGUCUACGAAGAACUGGAACCGACAACGUGCCUAAUGCCGCUGGCGAGCUGAACUUCAAAGGUGUCGCUUUCCAGGUCGUUUCAUCUUCACGAACUCCAGCAAGAGUCCAGCCUGCCCAAGAUACCUUUAAGCAUUCAUUCUUCUGCGAUCCAUCCCCACCUCAAGACAUGACCAUUAAACCUGACACCGACCCGUCGUCGAGUCCAGAAGUCGAAAUAUCUGUUCGCAGACAACAACGGACCCAGAGACAGUUCAGUCCCAGAGCAAGCAGGUCUCAAGAAGCCGACGACUGCUGUGAAACAGAAGAAGACCAGCUGCCUGAACUCCCGCACAACACCAACUUCGGGUCGUCUUCACCUCAAAAGCGUAACUCGUCACAACUCCAAAGACCCAACCUGCCACAACACAUUUCGACGAUGGCGACAGCACCAACGACGGAUGUUGCAAGGUCCCCGAUCAACGAAGAUGACAAGUUGUCGCCGCUGCCAGACAGGACGACUUUCAAGGCAGUUGCCCCUUCGCCGCCAACGGAGUACCCAUCCACUAUCAGGUCAGAGAGUCCUGUUCCCUCGAAGAGCACUGAGAAGACUACAAACUUCACGCCAAUGAAGUCGAUAUUCCCAGUCUACGACCCCAACAAGCCAAUGGAUCGCCAAAGCUACUAUCCCUCUGCGGCAUCCCCACCGCCACCCUCAUACAUCAGCGACAAGGUCAGCAAAGUCGGUUCUCACAUGGAACGCUGGGCGAUGAAGCGCAACGACUCCGGUGUAGGCCUCGUCGACCGCUACGAACACAUCCCAGCCGCUGCACAUGCGGAUAUGGAGGCGCUCUGGAAAGCGUCGAACCAUGAGUUCCCUGUAGCCGGCAGAAAGGUUCAGUUCGGACUGUAUCAACCUCCCGGUAACGGACGAUGCUUGGCAAUCGGGACAUCCAUGGAAGAUCUUAUCUACUCAAUGGAAAGGGAUACUACCAGCAACCAGGCCAACGAGCCACUAGCGCCGAAACAGUUCGCUGUCAAGAAAUACUGCCCCACGGCACCCUGUUCAUUACCAACAGCAACGCUGGUGCUGCCCGAAAAGAAUUCAUCUGCCAAGGGAGUGAAAGAAACCACGACGAUCUUCCCACAAUCAGCUGGCAUCGACGCGAUCGAGGCCGUCGCAAGUUCACCUCGAGCUCGACAUAUCGCCACAUUUGAUCCCACAGCAGAGUCUCCGGAGGCAGCACAAUUAGCACGAGAUGCUGUCGCCGAAGCACAUGCAAUGUUUGGUUGCGACUUGACCAAGAAGACACGCAAGAGAGAUAGCCUCGGUGCUGUCACUGCACAGUAUGACCUCGUUCAUCCAGCACUCGGAGUCUGCGCCGUGACGGUGAACAAGUCACUAUCACCAAUCUCGAUGAAUGGACCGCGAGCUAAGAUCAGCAUUCACCAUCCUACCGCGACUCCAGCCGCCAUCGCAGCAGACACUCUCAAUCUCGGCUUCCUAGACUUUGCCCACGAUGCCUGUGUCCUUGAUAUCCCCGGCUUGCUGGCUCUGGACAGGCACUACGUGAUCGACACUUUCAUCUCAACAAUGCUAGCCGUCGCCGUGAUCGAGGACGAUGCUCUAAUGACCGAAACUAUCACCUUCGAGCCACCUCCUCAAGCGGCUUUGGCGUCGACCUCGAAAGCCGAACGCCGGGCGUCCGUCGGUGGUUCAUCGACAACAACGUCCAAGAACUUGUUCAAGCGGUCGACCACAAAGGAGAAGAAAGAGAAGUCGAAGAAGGCUGAGAUAAUCGAGGAAAUCGAUGAGAUGGGUCCUCUGGCCAAGGGUGCACUGGCGAUUCUAGGCUUCGGGUUCAAGGCGUCUGCGUGGGUGAUCAUCACUGGUGUCAAGGUUGGCGUGAAUGUCGUUGUGGGUGUUGGCAAAGUCGCGGCCAAGCAUGCUGAGAAGCACGCCGAGAGGCACUGA